GUCCCAAUGGAAAGACAGUUGGCCCGCGUGGAUCAAUUAAGCGCUUGCAGAAAGGAACGACCAUCAAGUCAAAUCACUCCUCUCAUCACGCUUAACGUAUACCCGGGUUCGUUAAGUUUGACUUGGAUUUGAAAAUUUUGGGAAAGCUGAAGGGAAAUAGAGUUUGAAAUUUGAAUUGGGGCUUGGGAGAAGAAUUCCCUUCAAUUCAGUAAGGGACUAGAACGCAAGAGCCAAAGCUUAAGUGUAACAGGAAAUUGCUUCGGAAAUUAAUGACAUGCUUUAGAUUCCUUGACACCAUCGCCUGUAAGGUUGUAGAAGACAGAACUGGUCUCUAAUGGCAUCAAGUAACCACGGGGAGAGUUCAUCUGUUGCUUCAGAUCCUGAAUGGAGAUAUGAUGUGUUUUUGAGUUUCAGGGGUGAAACGCGCCUGGGCUUUACUGCCCAUUUACAUGAAAAAUUGCUUGAUCAAGGAAUCUCAAAAGUUUUCUUGGAUGAAGAAGAGCUUCGAAUAGGGAAACCGAUUUCUGACCUCUUCUCAGCAAUUGAACAGUCAAGGCUUGCCAUCGUUGUGAUUUCUCAGAAUUAUGCUUCUUCGACGUGGUGCCUGAGAGAACUUUCAAAGAUUCUAGAGUGCAUGGAAGCAAGGGGAGCAGUUCUACCAAUUUUCUAUUCUGUGGAGCCCUCAGAUGUUGGAAAACAAUUGGGAACUUUUAAACAAGCAUUCGCUGAACUUGAAGGAAGAUUUCUGGAUGACAAUGAGAAGGUGGUACAAUGGAGAGCUGCUUUAAGGAAAGUGACGGAGAUCAAAGGGUGGACUUCAAAGGAUAGAUCUGAGCCGGUGCUCAUCAAAGAAAUUGUUGAAGAGGUACGAGACAAAGUACGUCCUGUAUUGUUGGAGCCUGCAGAAAAGCUAGUUGGAAUUGAGUCAAGACUAGAGCAACUAGAUUCCCAUUUGGAUACUGGGUCAAACAAUGUUUGCCUUAUAGGGAUAUGCGGGUUGGGGGGGAUAGGUAAGACAACCCUUGCUGAAACAGCCUACAGGAGGAUCUGUACUGAAUUUGAAGCUAGUAGCUUUCUUGAGAGAGUUAGGGUUGAUGAUCUAGCCAAUCUAAAAAGAAAACUUUGCAUGAACCUCAUGAAUAGAGAUAUAAGAGACUGGAACAUGCAUGAAGAAGAGAGAUUGAGACAUUUCUUACUUCGGACAAAGGUUCUUCUCAUUCUCGAUGAUGUGGACCAUAUAAAUCAGUUAAGAAAGUUAUGUGGCGACCCAAAGUGGUUUCAUCCUGGGAGUAGAAUCAUCAUUACCACUAGAGAUGAACGCUUGCUAAUUGCAUGUGGUAUAGAAAGGAUAUAUAAGAUGCAGGGCUUAAAUGAUGAUGAUGCUCUUCGACUUUUUAGCUGGGAAGCUUUUGGAAGAGAUUUUCCGCAUGGUGAUUAUAUGCAUCUGUCUAAACGUUUUGUCAAUUAUGCCAAUGGUCUUCCUUUAGCUCUUAAAGUCUUGGGAUCACUUUUGCAUGGAAGUGAUCAAGAGUCAUGGCACGGGGAAUUGAGGAAACUGAAUGGAAGUUUCAAUGGUGAAAUUAUGGACAUACUUAAAAUAAGUUAUGAGGGAUUAAAUCAGCAGCAGAAAAGUAUUUUCCUUGAUAUUGCAUGUUUCUUUAGAGGAAUGUAUAAAGAUAGGGUACUUCAAAUACUUGCCAAUUGUUUUGAUCUAGGAAUUGACAUAGAUAUCCUUAUCAAAAGGUCUCUUAUAUCAAUUUCAGAUAACAUGGUUUGUAUGCAUGAUUUAUUACAAAAAAUGGGUCAAUCUAUUGUUCGUCAACAAUCUCAAGACCCCGGCGGACGUAGCAGAUUGUGGCUUUACAAGGACAUCAUCCAUGUUUUGAGGAACAAUACGGGAACAGCAGCAAUUUCAGGCAUUGUCCAAGAAUUGCCUGAAUCAAAAUGGGAAGUUUGCCACCCUGAAGCAUUUUCUAACAUGCUUAAUCUUAAAUUGCUCAAACUGCAUAAUGUGCACCCUUCCAAAGACCUGAGAUGUGUUCCUCAGUCAUUGCAAUUUAUCGAAUGGAGGGGUUAUUCUUUAACAAAUCUCCCCCCAGAUUUCGAACCGGAUAAGCUUGUGGAACUUACCAUGUGUCAUAGCAGCAUUAAACAGCUUUGGAAUGGAAUAAAGAAUUUUGACAUGUUGAGAGUGAUGAACCUUAGUCAUUCAAAAGAUUUGACAAGAACCCCAGAUUUCACAAAGAUCCAAAAUCUUGAAAGAUUAGAUCUUGAGGGAUGCGAGAGUUUAGAGGAGUUUCACCCAUCCAUAGGAGUUCUCAAAAAGCUCAAGUUCCUGAAUCUUAAAGACUGCAAGAGUCUUGUGAGCCUUCCAGAUAAGUUUGAAAUUGCAAUACUUGAGAUUCUUAUUCUUUCUGGUUGCUCAAAGGUUAGAAAGAUUCCUGAAUUCGAUGGUUGUAUGGAUCUAGUAUUGGAACUUUCUUUAGAUGGGACUGCUAUUGAAAGUAUACCUUCGUCAAUAGAACAUCUGAGUAGCCUUUCAUCACUGAAUUUAAGAGAUUGCAUAAAUCUAAAGAGUCUUCCGAGUACCAUUGGCAGUUUGAAGGUCCUUAAAAGUCUGGAUGUUUCCGGAUGCUCAAAGCUAGCUGAAUUUCCACAGAGCCUUGGCAAAUUAGAGCUUUUGGAGAAGAUUGAUGUAAGCAGAACUGCUAUAAGAGAAUGGUCAUCAUCCAUUGUCCUUCCAAAAAAUCUAAAAUCAUUACUUUUUUGUGGAAAGAAAUGGUCAUCACAGCAACCAUGGUAUAUGUCCCUCUAUUAUCGAUUAUUUCCAAUGUCCCUCUAUUAUCGAUUAUUUCCAAUGAAGAGUUCAAUCUUGCCUCCUCUAUCAGGGCUGAGUUCUUUGAGAGAAUUAGAUUUGAGUAACAGAAAUCUCUGGGAUGGAGCACUCCCUAGUGAUAUUGGCUGUUUGUCCUCUUUGUUAUCGCUGAACUUAAGCGGAAACAAUUUCAUUAGCCUUCCUGGAAGCAUUAGCCAGCUUCCUAAGCUUGAGAAUUUGUACUUAAGUCGUUGCAGCAAGCUUCAACAACUUCCAGUUCUCUCAUCAGAUAAAAAUUUAGAGCUAACAGCCGAUGGUUGCAGUUCAUUGAACGAGAUGCAAUACCCAUUGAAUUUGGCCGGGUUGAACUGCUCAUGUUUCAAUUUCAUCAACUGCUUUGGAAUGGUCAUACAAAGCAACGAUGUCAUCACAUUUACUAUGCUCCAAAGAUACCUUACGGUGCCAGGUGAUAGAUUUGAAAUUGUAAUUCCUGGAAGUCAAAUUCCUCAGUUGUUCAGUCAUCAAAGAGUGGGUUCUUCAGUGAGUGUAGACCUAACUCCAGAUUGGAAUGAUAGUAAGUGGAUGGGAUAUGCUUUAUGUGCUGUUUUUGAAGUUUUCAGCAGUGGAUGGGAACUCUCCUGUGUUUUAGAAGUAAAUGGAAAAGAAGAGUACCCUGCGCCUCUAUUAUCAACUGAUGUCCAGCCUGUUUCAGAUCAUCUUUGGCUAUUCUAUGUGUCUCGUGAUAUAAGCUUUGGCACAGAGUGGCAAAACAGUUGCAAUCAACUAGUGUUUUCAUUCAGAAAUUCAGGGCCUAGCAUGGUAAAAAAGUGUGGUGUUCGCUUGGUGUAUGAGCAAGAUGUGGAAGAAUACAAGAGACUAGUGACCCGAUCCAGCUGAAACACCUCUUUCCGGGGAUAUGGAUGAUAUGCAGGAGGUAACACAUGAAUAUGAAGAUACUCCCACUCCAGCAGCAACAUUUCUCUUUACGAGGAUACACAUAAUAUGGAAAGAGGUUAAGAACAAAUUCUAAGAGAUUCCAACAUUUUCAUAGCCAGAUGCCGCAACAACCUUUUCCCCUGUGGAGGUACACUCAUGCAAUUGAUACAAAUGGAAGAGGAUACGAAGAAUUUCAUGAGAAAAGGUUGCAUGAAACAAACUUGCAUGAAAUUAUGAAUUAACUUUUUAAUCCUUGAAACAUUGGACGUAACUUGUCUCUCUUGCACAUUAAAAAUGAGAGGAGUAAAAUAUGUAGUCAAUAAAGCAAUUGAUAAAGAGAGAAGCUAUAUAUGGAAGUAUUUAUGAUUAGAGACAUUUGCCAUCAGACUUGACAAUUUAGUCAAUUUCACAUGGAGAACAAGUUGCAAUGAAGAUCAAGGUUGUACUACAUAGAGCUUUCUUGAAGAGAAUAAGAGAGAAACAGAGAGAGAGAGGAGAAAUAGAGACACAUUGUUGAUCUUUGCUCCUCAUUUUUUAGCUACUCUUUGUAUGAUGUAUUGUUUUAAGCAUGUAUUCAAUUUGUACCAUGUAUUGCUAUUUUCCUUGAGUAAUGUUAAGGAGGAAACCACACGGGCCAAAUAAGUUUCAUUUAAUUAUCUAUCGAAUCGGAUAGUUAUAUUUUUAU